GAAGGCAGCGGCUUAACCCACUGAGCCACCCAGGUGCCAGAGGUACACUCGGCUUAUUCCCUACAGCCGAAGUGUCUGUGGGCGCUCCUGCGCCGGGACCCUGCCCAUCGAACUCCGCACCAGGCGCGAAAUUUCUCGCAGGUUCGUGGGCGAAUACCUGCCGAAGAAAUUCCACGCGGCGUAUAAUGGUGAGAAAGCACGGGGGACGUCGCCCGAAGGCCUCUACAUUCCCUCUGGGGCCAAGUCAGAAGGAGACUCCCCUUCCAGAAACGUGGGGGCCCGAGACCCGCCUUCGCAUUCAGGCUCCCGGUGCCAGCGCGACCUCUCGGUCCCUGCCCCGGCUAGCCAGCUGUUCCUCGCCUCUCCCGGCUUCUCCCUCUCCCUCCUUGUCUUCCGCUCCCUCUGUGCUCUUGGGAACCGGAAGCCGCCACCCCUCCCACCCACCCAUCUCCAACCCGCGGAAAGGACCCAGCCUCCUCUCCCGUGCCUGCGGAGGAAAUUGGAUCCACGUUUGCCAAACAAAGGGAGGAGAGAAAACCUGCGGCAGCCCGCAACCGGUUCGGUGCUGGUGCUCCUGGCUCAGCCCUUCGACGGGCCUGGAACCCGCUAGAGACACGCGCGGCUCACGGAGCUGGCCAGUUAGCGUCUCUCCCACCGCACCUCCGGAAAGAGCAGGAAUAUCCUGUGGGGGUCGCUCUUACGGUCCAGAAGACACACCUGACAAAGGGUGCUGCCGGAGCCCAGACUUUGCACACCGGACCGCUUCUCAACGUCGUUUCGUCGGCUGGUCCAUCCCCGGGAGGGCCUUGGAGACAGGACGAAGGAUGGAGGAGGACGCACUCUUCAGUGGCAAUAAAAACUCCACUUUUCUGUGACUUGCCUCACUGUUCCUCUCCAUUCUUCCGUUCUAGCACCUCUAGCAUAGAAAAACGGUGGUCUUGCUCACCUUGGAGACGUGUGUAUGUGUGUGUUUUGGUCCAUGGCUCCCUUUCCUUCAAUGGACAUUUAGUCAAAUAUACACAAGUGACUUGUAGAAUGGCAUUUGUAUGAGUCCUCAAUUGCUGCAGAUUGAAAUCACUCAAAUAUCUAUCAUUUGUCUUUAGUUUUACGAUAAUAUACUUAUCAUCACGCUAGCAUCAUUAUCUUUAACACCAGAAUUAAAGUGUGACAAAUGCAAUAACAUGUAUAAAAACUAUAAUGUUGCUUGAUAAUGGCUAGAUAGAAAAAGUGUAUAUUCAUCCAUGUGAAUUUGAAGAAACGACCAGGCUAAUCUGUGGGGGUAGACAUCAGAAUAGUUUAAAAUAGCAGGGAUGGAUAGCCAUUACCUGGAAAGUGUAUCAGAGAGCCAUACGUUGGCUUGGCUGAUAGAAAAUUUCUGUCUUGAUCCUGGUGAUAAUUGAGCAUUUCAAUAUUUAAA